UGGGUUGUGCCGAGGGCUGCUGCAUGGUCCUAUCUGUCCCACCCUCUAGCCUGGCCCAGGAGGCUCCCCUGAUUCCCAAGCAGGUUCCAGGCUCUCAGAAAAUCUUCAGGCGAGUGCUGGCCUUAUCUGCCACAGCAAUUUCAUAAAUAGCCCACUUUCCCCAGCCACCUGGAAGCAUACCCUUGCUCUCCGCCUGGGAGAGAGGUUAAAAAGACUCAUGGGUGUGAGCGGCCAAGCUGUUGGCACACACAAUUUUUCAUGAAUAUAGGUGUAUCUUGGCUAGAUUCACUUCUCAACUUUUGCUUCAAAACAGAUAACCAGAGUGGCAGGGGGCGGGAGGCAUGAUAUUGUGUGAGUUAGAGAAGGAGUUCCUGCCUUGGCUGCCUGGACAUUCUCAAUUUUGAGGCCGCACUGUUAAGAGAGACAGAAAACUCGUGUGGGGAGAAGCAGGUAGGAAAGAAUGGGCCACCUGCUCCAGUGGGGGCUGGGUGGGGCCAAGGGGAGAGAACACCAGCAUUGGCAUUUGACCUCCUGGGCUCUUGCUACAUCCCUCCCACUGUGGGAUCUUAAACAAAUGACUUUAUAUUUCUAAAUUAUUAGCUGCUUCAAUAAACCUUGUAUCAGAAGCAUCUAACACUGUGCCUGGAUAUAGUGACUAUUCAAUAAAUGUUAGUGCCCUGCUUUCCUUAAAGUAUUUUAUAAACCUUCAAGUACUCACAAGGGGAAAAAAAUGUUUUUAAGACUAUAUCAGGAGUUUCACAGUAACUUUUUUAAGGGUUCAAAGUCUAGAGAUCAUCUUAAUCCCUAAGGCUUAAUCAGUAAUACCCUGUUGUUAUUUACUUUGAAGUAAAACAUUACUAAAAAUCAAACUGAACAUUUGGGUUUUUAGAAAAAAAUCAUAUGACCCUAUGGACUGCUAAGAAACUUAAAUUCAGAAUACCAUCUAUAAAGUCCUGUAUAACUCUCCAGGAUACAGUUUGAGACAAUUUAUUCCAUACCAUUGACUUGCACUAAAACAUGAUUUUCAACUGAAAAAGUUGAGGCCUGGACUUGGCGGCAGGGGGAACUUGGCCUUGGUUUCUGGGCCCCAACCCUGAUUCUGAUUUGUCUCAAGGGACCAAUGCACACUAUGGUCAUAGUUUAACAUAAUGUCAGUCUCUGUGAGUCCCCCUGUUAGGUUUGCCCAUGUUUUCCUUUUGUGGAUGAGAUGCCUGUAGGAGCCUCUCUGCCAUGGGGAUGCUGCAGUGGGAAGACCCAGUCUGGUGUGUUAGAGAUCAACUUCCAUGAGAGAACCCUGAGUUAGAACAGGAACUGUUCAGUUCUGCUUUUCUCUGCCCUCUAUGAACACAUCAAUUUAAUGAACCUGGCAAGCCAGGCUGCGUGGCUUUUCUUCCUGUGUGAUUUUGAGAAGCCUCCAUACAGUUUUCUACAGUGGCUGCAUCAGUCUACAUUCCCACCAACAGUGUACUAGGGCUCUGUUUUCUCCACAUCCUCACCAACAUUUGGAAUUUGUAGGACCAGCAUUUUAAAGUAAAUGAAAUAGAAAUGAAUAGUGAAGAAUGUAUCGUGUGUAUUUGGUACAAGAAUGAAUGCUUUCCGAGAAAUAAAACCAGUAGAACUUCCUAACUGUAAAUUAGUAAAAGGAAUAGAAUCUGGCUCUGAAGACUUAGAGGUACUUCAUAAUGGACUGGCUUUCAUUAGCACUGGAUUAAAAUAUCCUGGAAUAAAGGUCUUUGAACCCGAUAAGCCUGGAAAAAUACUUCUGAUGGACCUGAAUGAAGAGGAUCCAACGGUGUUAGAAUUAAGGAUCACUGGAAGUAACUUUGAUUUGUCUUCAUUUAACCCUCAUGGAAUUAGCACCUUCACAGAUGAAGAUAAUACCGUGUACCUGCUAGUGGUGAGCCAUCCAGAUUUGAAGUCCACGGUUGAGUUGUUUAAAUUUCAAGAAGAAGAAAAGACACUUUUGCAUCUGAAAACCAUCAAACACAAACUUCUGCCUAAAAUAAAUGACAUUGUCGCUGUGGGACCUGAACACUUCUAUGCCACCAAUGAUCACUAUUUUGUUGACACUUACCUGACAUUCUGGGAGAUGUAUUUGGGUCUAGCAUGGUCAUAUGCUGUUUACUACAGUCCAAAUGAAGUUCAAGUGAUGGCCAGUGGAUUUGAUUUUGCUAAUGGAAUCAACAUCUCACCUGAUGGCAAGUAUGUCUAUAUAGCUGAAUCGAUGGCUCAUAAGAUUCAUGUGUAUGAAAAGCAUGCUAAUUGGACUUUAACUCCAUUGAAGUCUCUAGAUUUUGAUACAAUUGUGGAUAACAUAUCUGUGGAUCCUGUGACAGGGGACCUUUGGAUUGGAUGCCACCCCAAUGGCAUGAAAGUCUUCUUUUAUGACCCAGAGAAUCCUCCUGGGUCAGAGGUGCUCCGAAUCCAGAACAUUCUAACAGAAGAACCCAAAGUUACAGUGGUUUAUGCAGACAAUGGCACAGUUUUACAAGCAAGUACGACUGCUUCUGUAUACAAAGGGAAACUGCUGAUUGGCACUGUGUUCCACAGAGCUCUUUACUGUGAGCUCUAACAGGCCAAUUUACACCCAUGCCUUGGCAACCAUGAGCUCUUCAUUUCAACCACUUGCCACAUCUCAGGGACCACAGUGAUCUCAUGCUAACCUUAAAUGUGGACAAUCACAAGACAUGAAAGUGUGCUUAACUGGGAGCAGAUAAGACGUAAAAGGCUUUUUUCAGAGUAUAAUAUCAAAUCAGUCUUGCAAUAUACGAAAACCUCUUACACCAAUAAAAAUCCUUUUUAAUUAAAAUGGCUAAAAUCAUCACAUCAGUUGUCAGGUCUUAAGUAGUUCCACAGAAUGUGACUCAGAAGGUCCUUUUCCUAAAAUGUGUGUUUCCUGAGAAGACAUGAGCUCUUGCUGCCUUGCCGUGUCUUGUUCAUGAACUCUUGUGUCGUCAGAGCCCAGCACUCAUCCAGAGCCUCCAGGUCACAUGCCAGACAACCAGACUUGUGCUAAGAAGCUGCCCUCAGUGCCAGGCAUCCCUCCCCAAAGUCACCAGACAUCCUGGCAUACUCAGGAACAUUCCUACUUCCCCUUCAUAAACUGUACAUUUUAGUUUCCCAAACUUGGUGAAAGGAAGAAGUUUGUUCACUUGAUGUUUCGAUACAAAAGCCCAUAAUUGAUUCAGGUAAAACUAAGUAUCAGCAGAGACAAAAGUGUUGUUGAAGUGAUGGUGGUGGUAGUUUUUCCUUUUUUUUUUUUUUUUUUUCCUAAUCUAACUUGCUAUGGAGGCUAAAAAGAAAUCAAUGGAAAGGUAAACAAAAAAAGCAGAAAAUUAAUAAACUUUGGCUGUCUUUAGAGAGAUGUGACUAGGAAGAAUAGAUGACUUUGCCAUUUUCUUAUAAAAGCUGGUAUGAAAAGAUGACCUAUCUUCAUUUAUUUGUCUAUCUUGAAGGCGUAGCUUCCAGGCUGGAUUAUCUUGGGGGGAUCCUGAGGCAGUCCCAUUAGAAACAAAGUUUUUCUAACGCACUUGCUGUGACAAUGGUCCGGCAUUUGGGGAAAAAUGUUUUGCAGAGAAAUUGAGAACUGCCAGCUGCUGAUAAUUUAAGACCAUUGAGUUAAAGUAAUAAACACGAACAUCUUGUUUGGAUAAAAAAACACUUCCUUCACUUCAGGAUUAGAGUUAUCGUAGUCACGAUCUCAGUGAGCAUAAUAUCACAUGCCCAAUGAGUCUGCAAUUAUUCAGCGACACUGUUCACGGCCCCUGAAGCUGGAUCCUCCUAAAUAUUAUUUUGAAACUAUCAAUGGCUGUGGUGCUUAGGUUGAUACUUCCCUUAAAAAGAGUCACUUGGUAUCAUCAAUAAAAUGACCAUACUCUGUUCUUCCUUGUUCUUGGUAGAACAUACAAAUUCUGCCCUCAUGAGACAGCUACACAAUUUGACAGCUUAUACUCAAAAUCAUUCAAAAAGGAAGAGAAAACAGCUCAAUGCAUUUAUUCUGUGAUGUUCAGCUCUAAAUUCUGGCAUUGCCAACGGUUUAGUCACAGAUAAAUUAUGGGUUUGUGUAUACAGAAGAAAGAUAUUAAUACCCCCCACUCGUUAUAUUCAGUCUUCUGAAUAUUUCAGGUUUUAGAAAUAAAAUUGUUGAUGGGAACACCAUACAAUGGGAUGGCCUGACUCUAAGUUUGCCCCAUGCUGUGUGAGGCCAACUGCCUAAUGGAUUUGUGACAGACCUUCUCCUGGCUGAUAGGUAUCAGAAGCUGUGACAGUGAAGCCAUGAUGGGAACAGAGAGGUGGGCAAGGGAGCUCCUAGUGGAAGUUUUGAUCAUUUAACUUUAUGCCCAGUUCCAUAAUUGUGCUUUCAAAUGUAAUUCUAGCUGCCAAUUUACACUUUACCAGGGCUAAAACUUAUUUUUAGUUUCAUUUCCAUGGAAAAUGUGCACUUUGCUCUUGAUUGAUAGGUAUAUUUUGACAGUUAAUACAGGUUUACCCAGUCAAGGCUUGUUUUAGUUGAAGGUGAAAAUGGAAGAGGAAAAAAAAAUUACUUCAACAGACCUUAGUAUUUCUCUUUUUAUUGCAUUCGUUGUCUAACAACAACAAUACUCAUUGGCAAGAAAUUUAUUUACACUAACAAAUUAAAUUUAAUCACAGAUAUUUUUAGAUUGGUCAGAAAACAAAGGACCACUGCGAUAUUUUGCUUUGAAUGCCUCUGAAAACCAUAGAGUAAGAAAUGUCGUUUUGAACGGAACAAUCUAGAGAAGUACAUAUUAACCAAGCACAAGAGAACAAUCCAGACGUGGCACUAUUGUCUCUUCCAUGCAAAUGAUCGAACACCAAAAUGUACAAAUUAAAAUUUUCAGAUAACAUGCUAUCCAUACUUAUUGGACUUAAAAUGAUUUCCAAACAACUCUUUUCCUUCAGUGAUACAUAAAGAAGGAUUGAAAUAAAUCAGCUUCUCUCC